CUCUCAUCGAGCCCCAAAUGGGCAACAUACCUAGGGGAUCUGUGACAAGAUCUAGACGGUCAUAAUACUACUGCCCUGCAGACUUCUAGCCUUGGAGGGUUUUUGUCUCUCUACCGAUCGCUUCAAAACCACCCGACACGCAACAUUGUGUUUCUGUGUACCAAUACUCCGUACAUGUUUAUUAUCGACAUACGUGUAUAAUACAAACCAAAGGGUGGCAGUAUACGACCAGCCACAACCCGAACAACGCGCUUUUUGGAUACCUCGCUGCUUGUACUCUGUACGGAUACGACCCAACAAAAAAAGAAGCAUUACUACUACCGUGACUUGUUGACCUCGAAUCACACUACGAAAAGAACGAAGAAAGGAUGACCACUAUACCGACUCCUCCAUCGACAACUUUGUCCGGGCCACCGUCGCCGACUGAAAGGCACAUUACCGUGUCAUUCGUCGAUCCCUUUGACGGAACCGUCCCCGACGACGAGGACGACGACAUGUCUGCUGCCACGAAACGAAUCAUCAAGACAACCACAACCACCAUCACUCCCAUACGAAUACAUCCCAAACCCAUAUACUUGAUAGUCGCGACGAGUCUCAAUCCACCCAUGGGGAUUGGGAACAAUGGAGACCUUCCCUGGCCCCCCAUCAAAGCCGACAUGGCCUUUUUUCGAAAAGUCACUUCUCACGUUUCUCCUCCGACCGAGCAGGCGUCAUCAUCACGCAUGUUCAACGCCGUGGUCAUGGGCCGAAAGACCUGGGAGAGUAUUCCGCCGAAAUUUCGACCGCUCUCCGGUCGACUGAACGUCAUCAUCACGCGCGGCAAAUCAAGCGACCUGGGUUCACGGAUCAUCGAAGACUUGAAGUCGUCCAACGAUGGGGCAGCAUGGUCUCUGCAUGAAUUCGCGACGAGGUCGAAACCGUCCAAAUCGAAGACAAGCAGCAAAAACUCGACGAGUGCCAUACUGACGCCUCCCCCGUCAGCUCCGUCCCAGGCGGCGCCGAUCCUGAUCUCGCCAUCUUUACAAUCCAUACUCACUUUACUGUCGAACCCGUCGGCGGUAGCGGACCCAACCUCAACCUCGAAACCCGCGACCUCGGGUCCUCCACCGUCCCUGACCGUCAACAAGAUCUUUUGCAUCGGUGGCGCCGAGAUAUACCGUCAGAUCCUUUCCAUGUCUUCCGCCUACACGGAUCGCUACCCUCUCCAGAAAAGAUCGACGAACCAGAUCGACUCCGAGACGGACACCGACACGGACGGCGAAGGCGACAGCACCGACUUUGACGUGCGCAUCCUGCAGACCCAAGUCCGCAAGGUGGUACCUCCUCCUCCGCCACCCGACUCAUCGUCACCGUCAUCUCCCGCGACACUUUCCAGACAACACACCUCGUCGGAACCGGAUUUCGAGUGCGACACCUUCUUCCCCGACCUGUUGCCGGCAGACCCGGGCAUCAAGUCGGCCAAGUGGAAACCUCUGCCCGCCGAGUGGUUGGACGAAUGGGUCGACGGGAUCGAGUUGCCGCAGGCACGACAGACCUCGACCCGAGCGGACUCGAACGCUGGUGGAGGCUGGUACAGGGACGAGAAGACCGACAUCGAGAUCCGCGUGGUCGGUUGGGAGAGGAGAGGAGCCAGGAGUGAUUCGGUCAUCAGCCUCCCCAGGGAUUUCAGGCCUUGAAGAGAGAUUCGGAAGGAAUGGUGUUUGGUGGACCAAAAAGGGCCGGCCAGGAUGUCAUCAUCUAAAAUUUGUCAAUCAGCUAUUCACAGGUUAAAACUUGGACAUGGCAGAUGGAAAACAAAAGUAACGAGGAUUCUUGGAAAGACAGGACAAGUAUUCGACCACUGCCAUCUGAUUGUUUGCAAAAUCACGGGCAAAUGCACUUGAUUACAGGUACUCAGGUAGCAGACAUUUGGCAAGCUUGGAUAGUCAUAA